AUGAUUAUUCCGGUCCUGUUACUACCUAUUCUUGCUUCUUUGGCAUUAGCGUCCCCUUUGAUGCCUCGAUCGGAAAAGCACCAAAUCCGAUCAGUAUCCAACCCGGAUUUAUGUCUUAGCAACGGGUUCGAGAUUGGACUCAACAGUUGUCACGACGAAGGAGAUGAUAUUCAAGCUGUUUUCCAAGAUUUCAAUCUUGAAUAUGGACCACAAGCUCAUAUUCAUUUAUCGUCCAACGAUUCCCUCUGUAUCGAUGCUGGUGGUGCUCACAACGGAGGUCGUGUUGUCACCAAGCUCUGUAAAGAGGAUUCAGUCACUCAGCAAUUCACCCUUAUCCCCGCUCAGGAUGGGACUAGGUACUCCAUCCAAUAUUCCUCUCCGGAUAGCGAUAUACCUCAUUGCCUUGACGUCACGAAGGAUGGAGGCAGCACAAACAAACCAGACUUCUUCGCUAAACCACUUCAAAAUUGGGAAUGUCAUUGGCCUAAUGACCCUGACGAAAAUCAACAAUUCUUCGAGCUUAUCUAA